AUGGACUCUAGCAAUGGCACUCUAGAGCUGCUGGGGGUUGGUUUAGCAAUAGUGGCCUGGAUCUGUUCCCUGACCACCAUCCUGAUGCCUUCAUGGAUCACACUGUCUACAGACCUGCUUCCCACUGAGGAAACUAACAUGGGCCUCUGGGUGACCUGUGUGAGCCAGGAAGCGACGGAUAAGCUGGAGUGCCGGCCCUAUGACAGCAUGUUUGAACUGCCACCAGACAUUAUACUGGCCCGGAUUCUCAUGUCCUUGGUGCUGGGGGUGGGAUUGUUGGGUGUGCUGCUGGCCAUCCCCGGUAUCCGCCUGGUUAAUGGCUGCCAAAACCACCUGGAUGACUUUAGCUGUAAGAGGGCGCUGAAGGCAAUAGGCGGGGCACUGUGCCUGGUAACAGGGAUCCUGGGCCUUAUCCCGGUCUCUUACGUCGCCCACCUGACGCUUGUGAGAUUCUUCGACGAGACAGUGCCUCAGAUUGUCCCUCGCUGGGAGUUCGGCUAUGCUCUGUUCUGUGGCUGGAUUGCAGGCAUCCUCCACCUGGUGGCAGGAACGCUGCUGCUGAUUUCCUGUCUUCAUUUCCAGAAGCUGGACAGUCCUGUGCACAUCCCUCUGGGCAUUGUGACACCAGGACCCAAUUUUGAAAGAACCAGGACUGAGUAUGUGUGA